AGGCAUGCACCUAUUUUGCCAGCAACCCAUCAACCGAUUAGUGCGUUUUGUUCUUUCUCAUUCCACACCGACUUGGAGCGCUGCUACCGUGGCCGGCCACGGUACGGUUGCAGCGAAGAUCAGCGAGGGUGGUGAUUCCGAAGCGUUCCACACUCCCCACGACCUUGCCACUGCAUUGAUGGAAAUGAAGUUCAACACGUGCUUUUAUUGGCGCGCGCCCGCGCACUCGAUGUCGUCGACGACACCCGGAAAAGGGCCGAAGAAGAAACCGUUGCCAUAUUUUAUGCAGCGAUCCGAGGACGCGAUACUUCCGUCCUUCCAAAAUCGUCGUACCCUGGCGGACCACGUGAAGGACAACAUGCUGUGUGCCGGGCGAAAGUCCUACUUCCAGCGGAUCGUCUACGUAGGACGGCACCCGAAGGUUUCGGCCAUGACCAUUCGCGAUCAGUUCUUGAAGGUGAUCAAAGAGAUGCAGGAGAAAACGACGAUCGACAUCAAGCUGUUUGGGCUGAUGAUCAACUUCGAUGGGUACUCGAUGCAUAUGGUUGAAAGUGCAGAGGAGACCAUCGGCGAGUACAUGCGCUAUCUGGCAACCAGUGACCUCUUCGAGAGCAGCCGGGUGGUGCUGGUGUAUAAUAACAUUAAUCAGAGAUUUUUUCGCAAAUUGGUUUGGAGAUUUGCCGACUAUUUGAACGAUUUAACUCCGUCCGUAAUCGAUGCGAAGGAUCCCGAUGUGGUGCAGAAAACCAUCAAUGACUUCAUGGUGCAGCUGUACACCCUCUGCAAAAUGGUGCGAGCCGAGGAAUUGGACGAAAGAUCGGCCUUUAAGUCACUCUACUUGGACGAAAAUUACGAGGAGCACACGCCGGAUGCCAUCGUGUUGGAGUAUCUGCUGAAUUUGAAGUGUCUGUUCACGGUUCAAGAGUAUGGGAAAUUUUACGGAGUCAUACCGGACAUUUCGACUUUUAAGGACAAGGUUUGGCCCAUACCGCACGAUUUGACUCCCUACGAUGUGUUCGAGACAGGGAAAUAUGAGAUCAAUAUCACCUUUGGAAAUUGAUUUUUGCGCUUUUCUACAAGGUUGAAAUAAAUUUUGAAUGUGUGAGUGAUUUUAUGUAUUCGACAAAAAUAAAAGGACUUAGAUACCGAAGCUGCUGGGGCACGGCUAUUCAGAAAGAUCAUUACUGAGUGAGAAGCACGUUUUAUCUCAGUUGGGAUGUUACUCCGAAGAUAAGAAGAACAUGAACAAGAUUCUUACACCUCGGUAAUAUAACUGAUGGCAAAAUUCGACAAAGCACGAUACAAAAUUUCAAAAUUAAAUUUCAAUAUGGAAUGAAUGCGUGUUGUUAUGACGAGGGGUCAAUGAGCUGGCCCUACAGCAGAAACAGGCCUAGAGGGUCACAGUGGCACAAUAACAACAACAGCAACAAAUGCAUAUGUAAAGCAAGUCGACGAUAGUUAGAUCAGAUAACAGCAAGUCCAAUCGGAGUCGGCCAACCAUGCAUUAUGGAGAUCGUGCACGUUGACCUCUGCACUACACUACUCGGAUUUUUCAAGAUCUUAUUUAGGCAGAUAUUUAACAAUGACUACUAUAUGGAAUAGAUAGAACAAGACAUAAUGAAGCAGUAAUUUGUAUUUAUUGAUCACUCAUUCUUAGUGUUGUCGGCAAUGGAUGUUUUCAUUCUUGUUCUACUCUCAUCUCCGAUUGGAAAGCUACUUUUCCAAACAGCUUUCCAUGGGAAUUGAUAGAUUCUAAGUAAUUUUUAACAUGAUUGAUUUCAGUACGGAUGCAUCACAUUCAGAGAUCUUUUCUUAAAUUGCCCCUAAAAGCGUUAGCGUUGCUUUGACAUAUUAUUAGUGCUGAUAGGUGCCGAGAUUUUACGAUGACAAAAAAGCCUAGGCCAUUUGAUUCAACGAAAAGCUAUUUGCGUGGAUCACUGCAUUGCCAUAAUUUUGCAUAAAUUACCUAUAUUCAUAUUCAUCGCACUAAUCCGGGGGUACGGUAGUGCAUAGUAAAUGCUUUGACACCCAAUUAUAGGGAGUAGCACCAGCGUGGCGUAGGAAAACAGAUCGACAAUGUAAGUCAUUAUGCAGGAAUGGAGCAAGCAAAACCACGCGGAAAGAGUGAUUGAUGACGCCUGUUUGCGCAACUAAUGAUGC